CUAUGUGGACAAUGGUGUAACAAGUACUGCAAGCAUCAAGGAAGCUAUUCAGCUCGCUCAGGAGGCUCAGACACUCUGUGCGUUAGCUGGCCUCAGACUGCACAAAUUUGUAAGCAAUGACAAAACAGUGUUAGAAAGCAUUCCAGCAUCUGAACGUGCCUCUCCACAGCAAGCAUGUGACCUAGCCUUUAAUGACUCUAAACUUGAAAGAGCGUUAGGCAUUCAUUGGCACAUUGACUCAGACACACUCAGGUUUCGCUUUCGCCCCAACGAUCAACCUACUACAAGACGUGGGAUCCUCUCUAUGGUUGCAUCUCUUUACGAUCCAUUGGGAUUCAUCUCCCCCUUUAUACUCACAGGCAAAAGAGUGCUUCAAGAGACAUGCAAACAAGGCACUGGCUGGGAUGAUCCCCUUCCCAGUGAACUAAGACCAGUGUGGGAUAACUGGAAAGAUGACUUGAAGAACCUGGAGAAAAUCGCCAUACCACGCUGUUAUGUUCCUAAAGGCUUUGGCCAAAUAGUAAAAACAGAGUUGCAUAAUUUUUCUGAUGGAAGCUCAUAUGGUUAUGGUCAGUGUUCAUAUUUAAGACAUGUAAACAAAGACGAUAAAGUGCAUUGUGCUUUGGUUACAGCAAAGACCAGAGUUGCUCCCAUUAAAGUAAUAACAAUACCAAGACUCGAACUGACAGCUGCUGUUGUCUCCAUUACUGCAAGCAACAUGUUAAAGGAUGAGCUUGGAUUGACACAGAUUGACGAGUAUUUCUGGACGGACUCUAAAGUAGUUUUAGGCUAAAUUAAUAACGAAGCCCGCCGUUUACAUACAUUUGUCGCCAAUAGAGUUAAAAAAAUAAGGCUCAACAGCACCCCCCAGCAGUGGAGAUAUGUUUCUUCUGAGCAAAAUCCAGCGGAUAUUGCCUCCAGAGGUUCAAGUGUAAGUUACCUCAUUUCAUCAGAUUGGUUCAAAGGGCCACAAUUUCUGUGGAAUAAAGAAAUUCCUCCAGCUGCAGAGAUUGAUAUGAACGUGCCACUCGGAGAUCCAGAGGUGAAAAGGGUACAUGUUCUGAACACUCUCAAAACAGAGAAGAAGGGUUUAUCAGAUAAGUUGAGAAAGUUUUCCUCUUGGUACAAAGUCACUCAAGCCAUAGCUCGACUAAUUUGCUGUGCCAAGAGAGAUAAAACAACAGGCCAUAGUACAGUCCAAGAAAGACAAAAUGCACAAUGUGUUAUUCUAAGAGACAUACAAGCAAGUGAAUAUGCAGAGGAGAUAAAGGCGCUCAAGCAUGGAAAGGCAAUCCCUCGCAAAAGCAAACUGUUCAAAAUGGACACUUUUCUUGAUAAUGAUGGACUCCUUAAGGUGGGAGGAAGACUCAAAGAUGCUUCAUACUCCUCUGCAAUGAAACAUCCAGUAUUAGUUCCAAAUGGUCAACACAUCACUCAGCUAAUAAUAGCUCAUUUCCACAGUAAAGUGCAACAUCAAGGGAAAGGACUGACAACCAAUGAGAUCAGGUCAAAUGGAAUUUGGAUUCCAGGCAUCAACAAGGCUGUGACAAACUUUAUACACCAAUGUGUAAAGUGUCGCAGACUCAGAAGAGGCACAGAGGAACAGAAAAUGUCGGAUCUCCCAACACAGCGCUUAGAUCCAUCUCCACCGUUUACAUUUUGUGGAAUGGACUGUUUUGGUCCCUUUCUAACCAAGCGAGCUCGCAAAGUGCACAAGCGUUAUGGACUUCUUUUUACAUGUCUUUGUUGCAGAGCAGUGCACAUAGAAAUGUUAGACGACAUGACUACGGACGCCUUUAUCAAUGGACUCCGCUGUUUUAUAGCCAUGAGAGGAGCAGUCAGUGAGAUAAGGUGCGAUCAAGGAAGCAACUUUGUCGGAGCUAAAAACGAACUGCAGGAAGCUUUAAAGCAAGUCGACCCUAACCGCAUUACCACAUUUCUCGCCGGCAAACAGUGUGUCUUCAAAAUGCAUACUCCUCAUUCAAGCCAUACAGGAGGUGUAUGGGAAAGACAAAUCAGGACAGUUCGAAACGUUCUGUGCUCAACAGCUUCGCUUUCGUCAGGCAGAAUGGAUGACGCAUCAUUAAGGACAUUCUUCUAUGAGGCGAUGGCCAUUGUGAACAGCAGACCUCUUACAGUGGACAACUUAAGUGACCCAAACAGCCCAGAGCCGCUGACACCAAAUCACCUGCUUACUAUGAAGUCUAAGGAAGCCCUGCCACCUCCAGGUACAUUCAUCAAAGAGGACAUGUAUGCACGGAAAAGGUGGCGGCAGGUUCAGUACUUAGCAGAACAGUUUUGGUCACGUUGGAAGAGAGAGUAUCUAUCCAACAUCGCAAUAAGGCAGAAAUGGCAUACUCCAAGGAGAAACUUAAAGGUUGGAGAUGUUGUCAUGGAGAAGAUGGGCGAUUUACCUCGCAAUGAAUGGAGAUUAGCACGUGUAAUAGACACAGUGACUGACAAAGAUGGACUUGUAAGGAAAGUAAAGCUUCGCUUUGGAGACAAGAAGAUGGAGAAAGGACAAUAUUCCAGCAAACCGUCUAUAGUAGAGCGCCCUGUACAGAAACUGGUUCUUCUAUUUGAGACUGUUUAACUACAUUCUGCAAUUUAAGGUUCAUCCGUUUUUUGUUUUUGUUUUAUAGACUGUGUUUUUGUUGACUUUAAAGGUUACAGGUCAUUCCUUCAUUAGGAAAUCAUUAUCGCUCCUUUGUUUGCUUGUUAAGCUCUAAUGAUUUGGUGGGAGUGUAAAGGACCUUACUAAUAUGUUCUGUAUUUUUAAGUUGGUUCAUAAGUGUUUAUUAUUUUGCUGCAGCAGUAACGCAGCCAAUGCUUUUAUUUUGAAAAGCUCAGAACGGCAAGGUGUCGUAAAUCGAUUUCCGCAAACGGUACAGCAGCAACGGCGCGGAUUGCUGUGUGCUCAGAGAAGGUGUGCCACACGGUUGUAUAGGAGAAGGAUAUUGUUAAGGUUUAAUUUCAAGCAGCAAAUUGUUUCUUAGCACCUGGUCGAGGAGGGAACAAGAAAGGCCGCACAAUAAAAGGAUUGUGAAACAUCAGUUUGAGAGACCAUCAUUUCGACCGGGACGCUACA